AUGGACAAAAGAGUCCGAGCCAUUGAAGGUCCUAACACCUUCGGGCUGGAAGCUGCUGACAUGUGCUUAGUCCCAGGGGUCAAUAUCCCAGCUAAGUUCAAAGUGCCUACCUUCGAGAAGUAUCAGGGGACUACUUGUCCCAAUACCCAUAUCAGGUCCUACUGUAGGAAAAUGGCGGCUUAUUCAUUCGAAGAAAUGUUGCUGAUACAUUUCUUCCAAGACAGUCUCAACGUAGCAUCCCUGGAAUGGUACAUGCAGCUUGAACACUCGCAUGUUCGUUCUUGGAUAGAGUUAGCUGAAGCUUUCUUGAAGCACUAUCAGUAUAACACCGACAUGGCGCCUAAUAGGGCACAACUCCAGAUUUUGACUCAGAAAUUUGAAGAAUCCUUCAAAGAAUACGCACAGCGUUGGUGGGACCUAGCUGCUAGGGUCCAGCCUCCCAUGCUUGAUAAGGAACUGGUUUAUAUGUUCAUGGGUACACUCCAAGGCCCAUACCUAGACCGACUAAUAGGAAGUACUUCUGCCAGCUUCUCUGAUCUCGUUGUCGCUGGAGAACGAAUCGAGAAUGGUCUGAAGACUGGAAAAAUCCAAGGUCUCGUUGUUGCUUCUAAUGGGACAAAGAAACCCUAUGGUGGUUUUCCCAAGAAAAAAGAAGGGGAAACCAAUGCCGCAUCAACCUUCAAGGGGAAAGGUAGAGCUUACCAGACCCCAUACUACCAGGUUGUAGAAGUGACUCCCAACAACUAUCAACCAUCGACAUACGCCAUUCCUGUUGUUCCACAACAAGUCCCGUAUCAACCGUCUGUCUAG